AUGGUAUCAUCAUGGUCGGGGCAACCCGAGAUCAAAGGGCGGACCGAGUGGGUGCGGAUGAUGCUUCUGUGUGCGGUGCACUUUGGCAUCACAUUCACCUGGGGCGUCGAGAUGACAUAUUGCACGCCCUAUCUCCUCAACCUGGGCCUGACCAAGAGCCAGACCUCGCUGGUGUGGAUCGCGGGCCCGCUGUCUGGGCUCAUCACCCAGCCUAUUGUAGGGGCGCUGGCAGACUCGACGCGGUCGAGAUGGGGGCGGAGGAGACCGUAUAUCGUCGUUGGGUCCAUCAUUGUCGCGGGAGGGCUGAUUACGCUUGGCUGGACGAGGCAGCUUGUCUCGUUGGUGAUGCCGACCGACACUGACCUGGCCAAGAUGCUCAUCAUCUUUGUUGCCGUGUCGGCACUGUAUGUGACGGACUUUGCCAUCAACGCAGCACUAACCUUUCUCUCCUCCUUCGUCGCAGUCAUGUCCUGCUCGAGAAGUCUCCUCGUGGACACGCUGCCCAUCGCAAAGCAGCAGACAGGCGCGGCGUGGGCGGGCAGGAUGGGCUCGCUGGGCCACAUUGUAGGCUACGGCAUGGGCGCCGUGGACCUGCCCGGCACCCUGGGUACAUCGCUCGGCGCGACGCAGUUCCAGCAGCUGACGCUCAUCGCCGCCCUGGGCAUCCUCUUCACCUCGUUCGUGACGUGCUGGGCCGUGACGGAGCGUGUUCUCAUCAGCCCCGCACGGCGUGACCACCUCCACCCGCACGGCAGCGGCGGCGACGGCGGCGGCCGCUUCAAGGUGCUGCGACAGAUCUGGUCGACCUUUUUGGACCUGCCGCCGCGCAUCCAGGGCAUCUGCUGGGCCGUCUUCUGGGGCUGGAUCGGCUGGUUCCCUUUCAACGUCUACGGGAGCACGUGGGUGGGCGAGACAUACUUCCGCUACGACGCGGCGGCCGACGCGAACAAGAUGUCGUCCGACGCCCUGGGCGACAUGGGCCGCAUCGGCAGCUACACGCUGACCAUCUACUCGUUCAUGACCUUCACGGGCGCCUGGCUGCUCCCGCUGUUUGUGCGCGCCCCGGAGGACGAGAGGUUCACCAGGCGGCCCCCGCAGAGCAUCGCCCACCUGGUCGAGGGCUUCAGCAAGCACAAGCCCGACCUGCUCAGCAUCUGGGUCGCCGGCCAUGUGCUGUUUGCCAGCGCCAUGUUCUUUGCGCCCUUUGCCACGAGCUUUCGCUUUGCCACUGCCCUGGUUGUCUUUUGCGGGAUACCAUGGAGCAUUGUUUCCUGGGCCCCAGUGGCCAUGAUGGGAAUCGAAGUCAACAAAAUCUCCAGCGACCCAGCCUCGUACCGCCGCCUCUCCGACGCUCCCGACGCCAUCGAGCUCAGCGGAGGCAUCGCCAACACCACCACCACCACCUCCACCACCUCACCCCCCAGCCGAGCCGACCACCACCACAACCACCUCCUCUUCGUCGAGCACGGCCCAGACGACAGCCCCCACAGCAUAGCCAGCGGCACCACAGGCGAGCUCUCGGGCAUCUACUUUGGCAUCCUGAACAUCUACCAGACCAUCCCGCAGUUCAUCGGCACCUUCAUCUCCACCGUCGUCUUCGCCGUGCUCGAGCCCGGCAAGAGCCCCGAGCUGGCCGCCGAUGCCGACCCGGCGGAGCUGCAUUCUGCAGAGGGGCCGAAUGCUAUUGCUGUUUGUCUUUUUAUCGGGGCCGGGGCUGCGGGCGUCGCUGCUGUGGUUACGAGGCGGUUGAAAUAUAUUUAA